CCGCUUCACCUGAGCUUCCGUGCUGAACCCAACUUGCAAAACGGAGGAGCAGAUAGCGAAGCCCUUGGAGUUUCUAGCAGAUACCUGGUAGACCGAGGCAUCGCUUUCCAUACAUCUGAAACAGGCAACGGAUCACUCACGGUACCACAAGGAACAGGCAAUCUUCCUAGCCGCGCCGCCCAGCAACCCAUCUAUUUAAACCUUGCCUAAUUUACCAUGACGAAUUAACCUACUAUACGGUGUCCGAUCGCGGCCAGCCUUUGAAGGGUGACUGGGGGUGUUGUGUUCAUCAGGUGCCGUCUCCCUCCUGAGUGGGCGAGAGGCAGCCCGCGGGUAGAGGCGGGCUCCUUUGCGCUGACUCGCCGCGAUGGCAGAGUCGGUACCGCUGACGGCGUCAAACCUCAACAGCGUUAGGGAGAACACGCUGAGGAAGAUCAGCGACCUGCUGGACAAGACCGACAGUCGCGGCUGGAGGAAGCUGGCGGAAAUCGUGGGAGCUGACAAGCGUUUCAGGCUCAGUUCUGAUGACCUAGACAAAUGUUCACUGAAAACGCUGGAAGCAGAUGGAAGCCCCAGCCGAAGUUUACUGCACCUGAUGGGCAGCAGGGGUGUGACCGUGAGAGACCUCUUGGAUUUCCUUCAAGCUAUGGGACACACUGAGGCUUUCCAGCUUCUGAGAGCUUCAGCUUCAUUGAAGAUUGUCGUGCAGCCAGUUUCCCAGGCAGUUCUGGCUGGCCAGGCUGUGAGAUUGUAUUGCGAAGCAACAGGACAUCCUAAUGUUGAAUACCAGUGGUUCAGAAAGAGUGCAGAGGUUCCAAAUGGUAACUCUCCAGAGCUUGUGAUCAAUCCAGUCAGUAUAACUGAUACAGGAUGGUACAUCUGCAGAGUGAACAGUGGCUGCUUCUUUGAAUUCAGCCUCUGGGCCCAGCUGGAGGUUUAUAACUUCAGUGCUGCUUGCGGAAGAAGAUUUUUUUCCAAUGAGGCCAGGCUCCAGAUAAUAAAUCAGCCACAAGCCCAGAGACUGAUGGUCGGGGAUACACUGAUAUUGGAAUGUACUGCAAUUGGCAUCCCAAUGCCACGUUAUCAGUGGCUGAGAAAUGGCAUACCAGUCACCAAUGGCUCUGAAAGGCAUUACAAGAUAAAUAGAAUAAAUAUGGACAACCAGGGACAGUACCGUUGUCGUGUGUUCAACGACAGGGCAGAACUCUGGAGUUUGGAAGCAGAAAUUAUUAUAGUGCCCAGACACAGUGCGGCGAUUGCAGUGGAAUGUGAUGAAGAUGAAUUGAAGUUUUCUGAAGAAAGAAAUAACCCUGGUGAGGCUUGGCAGCUGGACUUAGAAACUAACCGAAGACAUUAUGCUACAGACAAGGUGGCUCUUCUGAUUGGCAAUAUGUCCUAUCACAACCAUCCUAAGCUGAAGGCGCCAAUGGUGGAUGUAUAUGAACUGACCAAUUUGCUACGACAGCUCGAUUUUAAAGUUGUAUCUCUGCUGGACCUCACUGAAUCAGAGAUGCGCAAUGCCGUGUAUGAAUUCCUGCUCUUGCUGGACAAGGGAGUGUAUGGGCUAUUGUACUAUGCUGGACAUGGAUACGAAAACUAUGGAAACAGUUUUAUGGUGCCAAUUAAUGCACCAAAUCCCUACAGGUCAGCAAACUGCUUGUGUGUGCAGAGUAUCUUAAAGCUAAUGCAAGAGAAAGAGACGGGAUUGAAUGUAUUUCUACUGGACAUGUGCAGGAAAAGGAACGUCCAUGAUGAUACGAUCCCAAAUAUGGAAGCCUUGCGAGUGACAGCCAACAUUGUGUUUGGUUAUGCAACGUGCCAGGGAGCAGAAGCCUUUGAAAUUCAACAUUUUGGAUUAGCAAAUGGUAUUUUUAUGAAAUUUCUGAAGGAACGUUUGUUGGAGGAUGAAAAGAUCACGGUGAUGCUUGACAGAGUUGCAGAAGAUAUGGGAAAAUGCGAUCUCACUAAAGGAAAGCAAGCUCUGGAAAUCCGCAGCAGCCUGUGUGAGAAGCGAGCCUUGACGGACCCCAUCCAGUCUUCAGGCUGCUCUGCAGAAUCACUGGCUCGGAACUUACAGUGGGCCAAGGCUCAUGAAUUGCCUGAAAGUAUGUGGCUUGAGUUUGAAUGUGGUGUCCAAAUUCAGCUUGGAUUCGCUGCUGAGUUCUCCAACGUGAUGAUAAUUUACACGCGGAUUGUGAAGAAGCCAAAGGAAAUUAUGAAGUGUGAAGCUUACGUCACGGACUUCCCGCCGGACCUGGACAUAGAUCCCAAGAAGACAAACAAAGGAACACCAGAAGAAACGGGCAGCUACCUACUCUCUAAGGAUUUACCAGAGCAGUGUCUAUACACUAGACUGAGUGCCCUGCAGAAGCUAAAGGAGCGGUUGGUGUUCACGGUGUGCCUUCGCUACCAGUACCAGGGACUUGAUGAGCCUGUGGAAGAAGCCAAGGAGGUGGACGUGGGGAAACCCCUCAUUGCAAAGCUGGACAUCCACCGCGUUGUCAGGAGGAAUAGCUGCCUCGUGACCUGUCCCAUGCCUCACAGCCCAUCGCACAGCCCGGCACACAGCCCCUCGCACAGUCCGGUCCGAAGCCCGGCUUGUUCGGAAUUCGAUCAUUACCACCACCACAGCCAGCGUUUCCAAAAUAACUCGCACCUCGGGGUUUACAACCCGAAUCCAGCCAUGAUGGGUGCCAUGGGAUGCACUGCCCUUCCCAGUGGCUCUACACAUGCCUCCUAUGCAUACAUGACAGGAGGGGGUCAGUGUUGCGGUAGCCACAUAAGAAAAAUCAACGUCCCUGUCGAGAAUGAUAUCAGUGAUUUGCCUUCUGAAUUCUCCAACUAUCUUCAGUUCACUGAUUUGAAAUGCACAAAUUCCUCUGAAUUCCCUGUAGAGGAUUUAACAAGUGUCCAAGGUUGGAACCCUUCUAGGAAAAAAAAGAUGUAGAAUACAUACACCAAAGUUCAUAGUAAAUUUAUUAUAAAAUUCCAAGUAAAUACGUUAUCGAAGUCACCCUGACUACCCUGAGAUUCAUUUUCUUGCAGGCCUUUACGAGAAAAUAAAGAAAUACAGUAGAAUUUAUCAAGUUCACAUUCUAGUUCAAAUUUAUAUUGCCAAGCAGAACAACAUUCCUCCAGAGCAGGCUGCACAACGCAGUACAUAUAACUCACACACAACAUAGAAAGUAACAUUACCAAAUAAUAAAAUAUAUUCCAUAAGACUGAUAUUCAGCAUAAUGUUCAUUUAUAACACAAGUUAAAAGGUGAGCAGUAUAACGCUACUGGCACUUCAUACGUGAUGAGAACUGGGUGGUGGCAGAGAGUUCAGAAGUCUCACAGCCUGGGGGAGAAAGAUGUCUCCCAACCUAACAGUCCUUGUCUGAUCCCGCCUGAUGGUAGGGGGUCAAAGAGAUUAAGGGCUGAAUGGUUGGGAUCCUUGGCAAUGCUAAUGGCUCUGUGUAUGCAGCGCUCCUGAUAAAUAUCUCAGAAAGGUGGGAGAGAGACCCCAGCGAUCCUCUCAACAGUCAUAUAACCAUAUAACAAUUACAGCACGGAAACAGGCCAUCUCGGCCCUUCUAGUCCAUGCUGAACUUCUAGUCCUCGCAAUCCUUUGUGGGGUUUUGCUUUUGGAUGACUUGCAAAUCCCACACCAGACAAUGCUGCAGCUGGUCAGGGCACUCUCUAUGACGCUCCUGUAAAAAUUGGUUGGAAUGGGCAGUGUGGGUGAUGGUGGAGCCUUGCUCGCCUAGACAUACAACCAAUAUGCAAAAAUUGACCAAUUAUGCAAAUGACUUCAAAGGUCUGGGAAUAUGUGCUGCAUUGUUCCUGAACGGUUGUGGAAUCAGCUCAGAGUCGAGAUGAGUGAAGUUAUUCACGUCAGUUCAGGAUCCUGAUGCUGAAGACAAUAGAGAAUUCCCAACAGAUCCAUUCCACUAGCAUUGGCUACAAAGAAAGGCAAGCAUCUGAAGUUGCCUGAGUCACAAAGCAGAGCUUUUAAAAGACAAAGGGUUGACUUAAAAUAAUGCAACAGGCUUGUACUGAUCGAAACAGACUGGAGCACUGAAUCACGCAACCGCAUCAAAAUUUAAGUUUUGUACGUUUAGCAAACAGCAUUAAAUUGUUUCCUUUAUUUUAAAUCAGCAAUAUUCCUUAACAUUUUCACAGAAUAUUUUGCAAUUUUUCAUUCUUAUGCUUUUCCAUUUCCAACAUCGUGUGACCAAUUAAAGUGAAGUAACAUGGUAGCAAAACGGUUAGCACAACGCUACUACAGCUCGGCGCAUUCUGGAGUUUAGAGUUCAAUUCUGGCACCGCCUGUAAGGAGUUUGUACAUCCCCUGUGUGACCAUGUGUGUUUCCUCCGGGUGCUCUGGUUUCCUCCCACUGUCCAAAGGCGUACUGGUUAGUAGAUUAACCGGUCAUUGUAAACACAAAAUACUCUGCAGAUGCUGGGGUCAAAGCAACACUCACAACACGCUGGAGGAACUCAGCAGGUCCGGCAGCAUCCGUGGAAACGAUCAGUCAACGUUUCAGGUCAGAACACGAAACGGUGACUGAUCGUUUCCACGGAUGCUGCCGGACCUGCUGAGUUCCUCCAGCGUGUUGUGAGUGUUGAACCGGUUAUUAUAAAUUUAUUCGUCUGUUAUGUGCUGCAAUGUAUAACAUAGGCAAUUAUGGACUUUCCACGAUCAUGAUUAUUCUUGGCAAAUUUUUCUGCAGAAGAAUCCUGCCAUUGCCUUCUUCUGGGCAGUGUCUUUAUAAUAGUGACCCCGGCUAUUAUCAAUACUCUUCAGGGAUUGUCUGCCUGGCGUCAGUGGUCACAUAACCAGGACUUGUGAUAUGCACCAGCGGCUCCCAUGAGUUUACGUGACCGUGAUCGGGGGUGGGGGGUGCUAAGCAGGUGCCUCACCUUGCCCAAGGGUGACCUGCAGGCUAGCAGAGGGAAGGAGUGUCUUACACCUCCUUUGGUAGAGAUGUAUCUCCAAUCCUGUGAUUAGGCUAGUGUUAAAUGAGCAAGUUGUUGGUCAGUAUGGCUCAUUGGGCCAGAAGGGCCUGUUAAACACUGUAUCUCCAAAUAUAAAUAAAUAAAUAACAUCAAAGAACUGGCUCAAAGUUGUGUAUCUAUGUUUCACG